CCCUCCAGCUGCUCUCUCUCUCUCUCUCUUACUCUUCCUUCUUCCUUCUUCCUCCUACCUCCUCUGAUAUAUCUCACCCGACACUUCACCCUCUCUCUCUCUCUCUCUCUCUCUCUCUCUCUCUCUGCUCCAAGUUUCAGUUAAAAGUCUGAUCUCUUUGGUUACCCUUUGGACCCUUCUUGCUGUGAUUCUUAAAAAGUUUUGAGCCUUGGCUAUGGCAGAGGAGCCCAAGAAGGUGGAGCUGGAGUCCUCCUCGGAGCCUCCACCCCCACCGCCAGCUCCAUCCGCCGAACCAGAACCCGAACCCGAACCGGCGGAGGCCCCCAAGGACCUCCCCGAGGAGAAGGCCGUCGUCCCGCCUCCUCUUCCUCCAACGGAAGAGAAGCCCGCAGAAGAGCCCAAGGCUCCUGCUGUAGUUGAAAAGCCCACUGAGUCUGCUGAGAAGAAAAGCACAGAAGGUUCGUCUCAUCGAGAUGCUGCCCUUUCAAGAGUUGAGACAGAGAAGAGGAUGUCUCUUAUCAAAGCAUGGGAAGAAAGCGAAAAGUCCAAAGCCGAAAACAAGGCCCACAAGAAACUAUCCUCAGUCGGGGCAUGGGAGAACAGCAAGAAGGCAUCUGUGGAGGCUGAGCUGAAGCAGAUCGAGGAAAAAUUGGAGAAGAAGAAGGCGGAAUACGCGGAGAAGAUGAAGAACAAAAUAGCCCUCAUCCACAAAGCUGCGGAAGAGAAGAGGGCGAUGGUAGAAGCGAAGCGAGGGGAGGACCUGCUCAAGGCCGAGGAGAUGGCUGCAAAAUACCGGGCUAAGGGGGCUCCUCCGAAGAAGCUCCUCGGCAUCUUCUGAGGAGGUUGUAAGGAUCCUAGUCGUCCCCUGAUGGCUUGAAGCUUUGUUCGGUUUCUCAUUUGUACAUGUUCUAUUGCUUGGAGUUGAGCUUGGAUUCAUUCAACUUAUUUAUGUAUGUAUAUGUUCAUGUGUGCAUAUGUAAUUGUUGUUAAUUAUAAGACGCUGUUUGGCGUUGUAUUAUUGUGUUUGUUCAUAUAUAGCAUUGUAUUGCUGCAAGGAUUGAUUGAUCUC